AUGAAGGUCACUAUUCGCGAGUGGAAUGCAGUCGCCGCUUGGCGAUGGGAUCUACCCGAAGACGACGUCUGUGGUAUUUGCCGAAAUCCGUACGAUAGUACUUGCUCCAAGUGCAAGUUCCCUGGCGACGAGUGUCCGCUGCUUUUGGGCGAAUGCAACCAUUCCUUCCACAUGCACUGCAUUUUUUCAUGGCUCAAGCAGGAGAGCUCACAGGAGAAGUGUCCUAUGUGUCGGCAACCUUUCAAGUCCAAAAGUCAGGAUGCGUCAAACACGCCUGCAGCCAUUGAAGGUCGCCCUCAAACACAAGAACCUAGUUCUAGCCCAGCAUGA